AUGUGGUCAACACACUUAGAGAUGACCAGACAAGAGCGAACCCUAGCUGCCUUGUUGGAACAGGCCUUCCGGGUCAAAGAGGACAUAGUUGGUAGUCUGCAUGCCACCCAGGGCUCUGUUCUGAUGGAGGCGUCUGCAAGGAAGCUUCUAGAAAAUCACAUCCAGACCAUUACACACAUCGUCAAACAACUCAGCAAGGACAUUCAGGUACUGGAGGCCCAGGUUGUCCAGAGGGACAGUGUGGCAUCAGGGAUGAGUUUUGCAGUUCAAAGCCUGGAUCACAAGAACUUAGCAGGCAUUGGUGAUCUGCGAGGCAGAGUGGCCAGGUGUGAUGCCAGUAUAGCGAAGCUCUCCAGUAACAUGCGAGCCGCUGAGCAGGAAAUCCUGAAGCUCCAGCAGGAAGUUGGUGAGAUGCGUGCUGGGAUUGAACUGAGACUCAGAGACAUGGAGCUCAAGAUUUCCCAGUCGCUGGAAAGGUUGGAGGCUUCACUGUCACAGCAGGUUGCAUGCCGGAACACUACGAGGGACUUACAGCAGGACAUCAGACAACUUGAAACCAAGACAUCCAGUGAGCUGAGGGAACUGGAGAGUGAAGUAACCAGGCUCAGAAGGUGGACCGAGCAGCAGCUGAACACACACACGCAGGACGGCCAACAACUGAGGACACUGCUGCGGGACAGAGAGGUUGAGGUGGAAGGGAAACUGAAAGCUCCGAUAAACCUCCUCGCUGCUCGUCUGGAUCGGGUGGAGAAGCAGUUGGAGCGAGAACAUCCUUUAGAUCGGACCAGACGAUCUGAAAGCAAGUUGAACAGCAGAAUCGAUGCUGUGGAGAAGAGUUUAGGAGACAGCCUGGAGCAGAUGAGGAGAGAGUACCAGGCUGGGUUCCAGUCUGUCCACGAUUCCAUCGCUUCCCUGAGGCACAUCUGCGAAGCCCAAGCCAGGCUGCACAAAGGAGAGCUAAAGAAAGAUAUCAGGAGAAUUCAGAGGACCAUGGUGGGACUUCCAGACGUCUGAGCUGUACAGAGCCACAGAAAGUCUCUGUCACGGUGCUUUUACGCUGACUUUGGCACAUACUGAUUAUGUUAAGCCAUUACAUUUAAUUCACUACAUUAAAAAAGAAACCCCAUAUGAACAUUGUCUUCAAAGACCUCAAACUACGUUUGAGUUCAUUAAGAGCUUAAAUAGCUGUUCAUUGGUUUGAUAUUAUAAGAAACAUUGCUGUACUUUAAAUGUCUCAGCCUCCACAAUAGUCUAUUGUCAUCAAUUAGUCCCUGUA